AUGGCCACCGCUUCUUCCGAUGCCAACGCUGCUGAAAAGCUGCCGCUCGAGCCGACGAUCGCUCCGCAGCUCUACAUAAAAGCCAACAAUUACCAGCGUUCCACUAACAUCAAAGUGCUCGACUCGCCGCAAAUAUCGUUUGCUACAAAACCGAACCCUAGUCAGCAGUUCAUCGACUUGGGCUGCGGGACGGGCGACUUCACGCUCCAAGAGCUGCUGCCGCGCUGCCAGCCCUGCCGCAGGAUUGUGGCCACGGACGUCUCCCGGGAUAUGGUGGAGUACGCCAAGGAGAACUUCACGCAUGCGCAGAUCGCGUACGAGGUGCGUGACGUCGAAAGCGACAUCUCGGGACUCGUCGAGAAGUACGGCAAGUUUGACCGGGUCUACUCGUUCUACGUCCUGCACUGGGUGCAAGACCUCACUGCUGCCCUCCGCAAUGUGGCCGAUUUGAUGACUGACGAAGGGGAGUGCUUGCUGGUGUUCCCGGCUCGCCUCGGUCUCUACAAGAUAUGGAGAAAACUUGUGGAGAUGGAUCGAUGGAAGCCUUACAAAGGAGUCAUUGAGCGCUUUAUUCCGCCAAGCCAGGACAUCAAGGGCAGGUCAGGCCUUAACUCGUAUAUCCUGAAUGUUCUGGAGACGGCCAACCUCAAGCCACUCACAUGCCAAGUGCUGACCCAGGACCGAACCGGCAUGAAUAUGGACCAAUUCAUCCAACUCGAAGUCUCACUAAAUCCUAUUCUACCACUGCUGUCCGAAGUAUCCAAGAUGAAAUUUAAGACCGACAUGGCGGAUGUCAUCCGCAAGUUGUGGACCCAGGAACCAGCCGGGGACACACAAUACCACACAGACAUCUUUGUGGUCCACGCCAACAAAAUUUCAAAAUCAGCCUAA